ACGUUGACUUUCAAUUGGUGGAAUGUCAUGACACGUGUUGACUUAUACAUUACAGUGCAUACUAUUCAUAUAUCAUCAUCCACGCUAUAUACCUAAUAUACAUGCGGUGCGGUGUGCACGCUUUUGAAGUUAUAGGUUAGAAAAGAAGACUUGUUUUAAAGAUGGUACGCAAAAAAAUAGAUAAUCGCAUCCGCGUUUUAAUUGAAAAUGGUGUUGUCAAAGGACACAGGACAAUGUUUAUUGUUAUCGGUGAAAAAGCAAGGGACCAAGUUGUUUUGCUACAUCAUAUGCUGUCAAAGUCUGUUAUAAAAGCUAGACCAUCUAUACUUUGGUGUUUCAGCAGUCACAGAAAGAAGAAAAUGAAGUCUUUGCAGAAGAAAGUCAAGUCAGGGAAGUUGGAUGUCAAUGAAGAUGAUCCAUUUGAAUUGUUUGUUGUGUCCACUAACAUACGCUAUUGUUAUUAUCAUGAAACUCAUAAGAUAUUAGGAAAUACCUAUGGCAUGUGUGUUUUACAAGAUUUUGAAGCAAUUACUCCAAAUUUAUUAGCUCGUACUAUUGAAACCAUAGAGGGAGGGGGAAUUAUUGUAUUCCUUUUGCAAUCUGUAAAUUCAUUAAAACAACUGUAUACAAUGAAUAUGGAUGUUCAUCAAAGAUUCCGUACAGAAGCCCAUCAAGAUGUAGUUGGUCGUUUUAAUGAAAGAUUUCUGUUGUCUCUGGCAUCCUGUAAAAGAUGUUUAGUUGUUGAUGAUCAGUUGAAUGUGUUACCUUUGUCAUCGCAUAAUUUGAAAAUUGAACCUGUGCAAAAAUUACCUUCUUCCGAGGAACAAACAGAAUUGAAUGCCCUGAAAGAAAGUUUGAAAGACACACAACCUAUUUCUUCUCUUGUUAACUGUUGCAAAACAAUUGAUCAGGCAAAAGCACUUCUUACAUUUAUCGAAUGUAUAUCAGAGAAAACAUUGAGGUCCACCGUUUCCUUGACUGCUGCUAGAGGACGUGGAAAAUCUGCAGCUUUGGGUUUAGCUGUUGCUGGUGCUGUAACCUUUGGUUAUUCAAAUAUAUAUAUUUCUAGUCCAAGUCCAGAAAAUUUAACUACUUUAUUUGAGUUCGUUUUUAAAGGCUUUGAUGCAUUAGGAUAUCAAGAACAUCUUGAUUAUGGACUGGUACAAUCAACAAAUCCCGAAUUUAAUAAAGCUACCGUACGUGUAAAUAUCUUUCGGGAUCACAGACAAACAAUUCAGUACAUUCAUCCAACUGAUGCGCAUAAACUGAACCAAGCUGAACUGCUUGUGAUUGAUGAAGCUGCUGCAAUACCUCUUCCAUAUGUGAAAGCUAUGUUUGGUCCUUAUCUAGUAUUUCUUGCAUCAACGAUCAAUGGAUACGAGGGUACAGGUAGAUCUUUGUCACUCAAAUUAUUGCAACAGUUACGUAAUCAAACAGCCGUUUCUAAUAAACACGAGAAACCUGAUAAACAACAGAGUGAAAGAACUGUUAUCGGACGACAAUUACAUGAACUCACUCUCGAAGAGUCUAUUCGAUAUAAACCAGGAGAUUCUAUUGAACAAUGGUUAUGCGAUUUAUUAUGUUUAAAUGCUACUACAAACGUGUCUAUAUUAUCUGGAUGCCCACCGCCAGACUUGUGUCAAUUAUAUUAUAUAAAUAGGGACACUCUGUUCUCCUAUCAUAAGGCAUCCGAAUUAUUUUUACAAAGGCUAGUUGCGCUCUAUGUCGCCUCACAUUACAAAAACAGUCCAAAUGAUUUGCAAAUGAUGUCCGAUGCACCAGCGCAUCAUCUGUUCUGCCUCUUAGGCCCGGUUGAUCCAAAUAAGAAAACGUUACCUGAAAUAUUAGUAGUGAUUCAAAUUUGUUUAGAAGGUGAAGUGAGUAAGAAUACGAUAAAUGAUGGGCUUGUGCGUGGACGAAGGGCGGCUGGUGAUCUUAUACCGUGGACUAUGGCGCAGCAGUAUCAAGAUCAAGAUUUUCCAUCGUUAGCUGGUGCACGUAUCGUUCGUAUCGCGACGCAUCCGGAAUAUCACGGGAUGGGAUACGGAAGCCGAGCAUUAGAAUUGUUGAAACAGUACUAUGAAAUGAAAAUACUUAACAUCAACGAAACACCCUUAGAUGUACCCACCACAGAAAUAUCCAGGGUGCAAGAUGAAGAAGUUACAUUACUUGAAGAGAGAAUUGAGCCUCGGGCCACCCUACCGCCACUUCUCCUAAAACUGAAUGAAAGACAACCAGAAAAUUUAGAUUAUUUAGGGGUGUCUUUUGGUAUUACUGAACAAUUGUUGAAAUUUUGGAAACGGGCUAAUUUCGUGCCUGUGUAUCUAAGGCAAACCGCAAACGAUAUAACAGGCGAACACUCUUGCAUAAUGUUGUAUAAAAUAAAUUUCGACCAACAGGAGGAUGCUAAGUGGUUGCAAGAUUAUUGGAAUGAUUUUCGACGACGAUUCGUAACGUUACUCUCUUUCUCGUUUAAUACGUAUACAUCUCCAUUGGCGUUGAGUAUAUUGAUGAACAAAACAAUUACCUCCGAAGUUACUACUCUGAACAAAGAUACAUUGGAUGUACAUUUUACAUCUUACGAUUUAAAACGCCUAUCCAUGUAUAGUAAUAACAUGGCAGACUAUCAUUUGGUAAUGGAUUUAUUGCCGCCGCUAGCGCGCUUAUAUUUUUUGAAUAUGAUGGGCGACACUCAUUUAUCAGCUGUGCAAUCAGCUAUACUGUUAGGAUUAGGCUUACAACGUAAAACUGUUGAUAAAUUAGCAGAGGAAUUAGAUUUACCAUCUUCACAAUUACUUGGUCUGUUUAAUCGGAUUAUACGUAAAUUUGUACAAUACUUAAAUGGAGUUGCUGAAAACUUUAUUGAAAGUACUAUGAUGAAAAAGGAAUCCAAUAAUGAGAAUGUACAACUUAACCCCAUUAGUGGAAAAAGUUUACACGACGAAUUAGAAACCGCAGCUAAGGAAUUGAAAUCAAAGCAAAAAGCUGAACUAGAAAAAUUGAAAAGGGAAAAUUUGGAGCAAUAUGCCAUCAAAGGCUCAGAAGUUGAGUGGAAGGACGCUCUUAUUGGGAAGAAAAGUAAAAAUCUCAUAUCAAUAAAAACCAGCGAAAAGAGAAUAUCAGAAGAUGACAGUGCCUUAGAACUUCAAAAAAAGCAGCCUAAAAAAAGGAAAAGGCAUUCUUUUAAAACUUGACCAGUAUAAAAUAUUUUUAGA